AGGCGCGCGGCGGGCGGGCGGGGGCCUCGGCGCGGGGCCCCGUGGUAGGCCCCGGGAGGCUCCGGUAGGCCUCAGCCCGCCCCGCCAGGCCCCGCCAGGCCCCGCCGCGAUGGACCUGGCCUACGUGUGCGAGUGGGAGCGGCGGCCGAAGAGCAACCACUGCCCGUCCAUCCCGCUGGUGUGCGCCUGGUCCUGCCGCAACCUCAUCGCCUUCACCACCGACCUCCGCAACGAGGAGGAGAAGGACCUCACCCACAUGGUGCACAUCAUCGACACCGAGCACCCCUGGGACGUCUACUCCGUCAACUCCGGGCACGCCGAGGUCAUCACCUGCCUGGAGUGGGACCAGUCCGGCUCCAGGCUGCUCUCAGCAGACGCAGACGGCCACAUCAAGUGCUGGAGCAUGACCGACCACCUGGCCAACAGCUGGGAGAACACAGUGGGCAGCAUGGUGGAGGGAGACCCCGUCGUGGCCCUGUCCUGGCUGCACAACGGCGUGAAGCUGGCUCUGCACGUGGAAAAGUCCGGGGCAUCCAACUUCGGCGAGAAGUUUUCCAGGGUGAAGUUCUCGCCGUCGCUGACGCUGUUCGGUGGGAAGCCGAUGGAGGGCUGGAUCGCCGUCACCAUCAGCGGCCUGGUCACCGUCUCCCUCCUCAAGCCCAACGGGCAGGUGCUGACGUCCACGGAGAGCCUGUGCCGCCUGCGCUGCCGCGUUGCCCUGGCGGAUGUUGCCUUCACUGGCGGGGGGAACAUCGUGGUGGCCACGUCGGACGGCAGCAGCACCUCCCCUGUCCAGUUCUACAAAGUCUGCGUCAGCGUGGUGAACGAGAAGUGCAAGAUAGACACCGAAAUCCUGCCUUCCCUCUUCAUGCGCUGCACCACGGACCCUGCCCGCAAGGACAAGUACCCAGCCAUCACCCACCUGAAAUUCCUGGCUCGGGACAUGUCAGAGCAGGUGUUGCUCUGUGCUUCCAACCAGAACAGCAGCAUCGUGGAGUGCUGGUCUCUCCGGAAAGAGGGCUUGCCUGUCAAUAACAUCUUCCAGCAAAUCUCUCCUGUGGUCGGAGACAAGCAGCCCAUGAUACUGAAGUGGCGAAUUCUUUCUGCCACCAAUGACUUGGAUCGGGUUUCAGCUGUGGCUCUGCCGAAGUUGCCCAUCUCCCUGACCAACACGGACCUGAAGGUAGCGAACGACACCAAAUUCUUCCCUGGAUUGGGUCUGGCUUUGGCUUUUCACGACGGCAGCGUCCACAUUGUUCAUCGGCUCUCCUUGCAAAUGAUGGCUGUCUUCUAUGGCUCCUCGUCCCAGCGCCCCGUGGACGAGCAGACUAUCAAACGGCAGCGAACUGCUGGUCCCUUGGUUCACUUCAAAGCCAUGCAGCUGUCCUGGACAUCUCUGGCCUUGGCUGGCAUUGAUAGUCACGGGAAGCUGAGCAUGCUUCGUAUCUCCCCUUCCAUGGGCCACGUGCUGGACAUGAACACGUCCCUGCGUCACUUGCUGUUCCUGUUGGAGUACUGCAUGGUGACUGGCUAUGACUGGUGGGACAUCCUGCUCCACGUCCAACCCAACAUGGUGCAGAACCUGGUGGAGAAGCUGCACGAAGAGUACAUGCGCCAGAGCGCGGCCCUGCAGCAGGUCCUCUCCACUCGCAUUGUUGCCAUGAAGGCAUCUCUUUGCAAGCUCUCCUCCAGCACGUUAGCGCGUGUGUGUGACUACCAUGCCAAGCUGUUCCUCAUUGCCAUCAGCUGCACCUUGAAGUCGCUGCUGCGCCCGCACUUCCUCAACACCCCGGACAAGAGCCCUGGGGACCGACUCACAGAGAUCUGCUCCAAGAUCACAGAUAUAGACAUUGACAAGGUGAUGAUCAACCUGAAGACAGAAGAGUUUGUCCUGGAGAUGACCACGUUGCAGUCCCUGCAGCAGCUCAUUCAGUGGGUGGGAGACUUUGUGCUCUACCUGCUGGCCAGCCUGCCUAACCAGGGCUCUCCUGUGCGGCCGGGCCACAGCUUUCUGCGAGACGGAGCGUCCUUGGGCAUGUUCAGGGAGCUGAUGGUGGUGAUCCGUAUCUGGGGGCUGUUGAAGCCAAGCUGCCUCCCCGUCUACACAGCAACCUCUGACACCCAGGACAGCAUGUCCCUCCUCUUCAGGCUUCUAACGAAACUCUGGCUGUGCUGUCGUGAGGAAAAUCACAUAACGGAGCCAGAUGAUACCCUGAUAGAUGAAUGCUGCCUCCUGCCCAGCCAGUUGCUCAUUCCCAAUAUUGAUUGGCUGCCUAUCAACGAUGGCAUUAUCAGCAAGCUGCAGAACAAACAGCUUGUCCGGCUGCAGUUUGGAAAAGCUCCUGGGCUCGUUGGUCACACUGUUUCUUCCCAGUUCGAUGCCUUUGUAAGGGCACCUGGACAGCCCAAAAUUGAUCAUCUGAGGAGGCUCCAUCUAGGAGCGUACCCAACAGAAGAAUGCAAGUCAUGUACCAGGUGUGGCUGUGUUACCAUGCUGAAAUCGCCAAACAAAGUCACUGCCGUGAAGCAGUGGGAGCAGCGCUGGAUCAAGAACUGCUUGUGUGGGGGGCUGUGGAGGAGGAUGCCUCUCAGCUAUUCCUGAGCGCGCGUUCUGUGGGCACGGAGAGAGCAACGGGUGCCGAGUGGAAGAGCGCGGAGCUUCCUCCCCUGGCGGUGUUUGGGUCCAAGGAGCAGCAGCUCUUCUGAGCUCCCUGAAAGCGCUGUCCUGGUGCUGCCUGCCAGGCAGUGCCAAGCGCCUGUCCAGCAGUGCUGCUAGGUUUUUCUUGCAUUGAUUUUUGUGCUUCACCCCUUUUUGUCCUUAAAUAGAGGGGAGGAAGAAAAGGAUUUUUUUACAGAGACCAGCUGGAAGGGAGUCCCGAAGGCAGCGUCAGCUGGGGGCCAAGGCCUCGGAGGAGAGAAACCUGCGGCCUUCCUGCGGCUCCGGGCUGGCACAAAGAACGGCCGAGCUCUGCCUUCAGCCUUUGCACAGUGGUGGGGGGUAGCUGGGGGUAAACGGUCUGCAGUGAAAGGGAAACAAAUACCCGGUGCCGUGGGGAGCGGGGCACGGGCUCGUCCAUUCCUGUUUCCUUGCACUUCUCCAUCCUUUGAGGGAACUUUCUCCUCUGAGGGGAAGCUUCGCUGUACGUAUCUGUGCUAAUGAAUGGAGCCGCUUCUUCCCCCUCUGGAGGAAGAGGAACAUGAGCCUCGCUGCCUGGAGCAAACCUGUCCCUUUGGCUCUCCCCAAGAGCCAGCAGCUCUUUUGUAAAUAAAAGUUUCCUGAAUUUUGUA